AUGUGUCCUAUCAUGGAUCACCUGUGCCAAAAAAAGCCUUUAAGCUCUUCAGAGCUCCAACACGCUUUAGCUAUCGAGGAAGUCACAUAUUUGUACGAUUAUGCCGCUAAAAACUGGGGACACGAUGCCCGCGUGUCUUCGAUUGAGGACGUGAAUCAACUGAUUCUGAACCUUCUUGAGGACGAAGCUAAGGCAUCUGCUUGUAGCAACGCAGUGAUGGUACCUGGCAGCUACCCGGGCUAUAGUCAAAGGGUCCCACGGCAGAUGACAGGACUGCAUCUUGCAGUAUUCGUUGGACUGGAGGAGUCCACUACAGCCUUACUUGACAAGGGUGCUGACCCAGGCCUUAAGGAUACAUUUGGUCGCACACCGUUGCACUGUGCCACACUAAUUGGGCAGGAGGGAGUAAUAAAGUUGCUGCUUAAUAAGGAUGCCAAUCUAAAUCUUAAGGGUCAGCUUGACGGGACGGCGCUACGUAUGGCUGUGAGGAACAGACAUGAGGCGGUGGUGAAGCUGCUUCUCGACAAAUCUGAUGCUGACCUGGACACUAGGGAUCAAUACGGUCGGACGCCGCUACGCUUGGCCGCGAUGGGCAAGAAUGAGGCGCUAGUAAAGCUGCUACUUGUCAGGGGUGUUGAUCUAAAUUCCAAGUAUCGAGUAGGUCAGACGCCGCUACACUGGGCUAUGCUAAACGGGAAUGAGGAUGUGGUGGAGCUGCUGGCAGGAACAAGACAGUGA